UCCGUGAGGAGGUAUUUCUCGCAACACCGCCCACCUCCAGCCUCCUUCCAUAGAGUUAAUUUAUACUGAAGCCUUACACAAGGAAUGGCAGGCACGAUGGGACGCGGAGGACUAGGAAUUAUACGCUAGGAAGAAGAGGUCACCCCAAGGAAACACCAGACACAAAGGCCACAGCUACGCCCUUGAAAUAAUGACUGGGUCAGCAAUGGCGGAGGGAGUUGGGUCGGAAGAGAUCCUUGAGGAGGUGUUCCUGGACUCCCCCAUGGAGGGUGCCCCGCUCACCAACAACAACUCUCUCUUCAUCAACAAUGUCCUCGAUAACCUAAAUGACCCUGACCUGGGCUACCUGGUCUUGUCACUGCUGGUGGCCAUCGUCUGGUCUGUCUACAUCAUCCUCUUCAACUCCCGGAUCCAAGGCAGCAUCCUCACCACCAUCCUCCGCCGCUUUGUAAAAUCUGGUGACCUUACAAUUGGAUCCUUCUCCUUGUCAGUGCUGUCGGGCAAGAUAAUGUUCCGCAAUGUGGUGUAUGUAACAGAGGACUACAGUCUGCGCAUUGUUGAUGGCAUUCUCAAGUUCCGCUACUGGCUGCCCUAUGUUAAAAGGGAGCUCUCAGAAGACAUGUCCCACAGUGAUCACCGGCUGUGGCUGGAGCUUAAUGGGCCGGAGCUCCACAUAUACAACCGCUCACAGCUGUAUGCCAGGCUGGAGAAGGUGUUUGGGCAGGAGAGUCAGCUGGGUGUUGGAAAGGGGGGCAAGGAUGAAGAUGAGGAGAAGGAUGAGGAGUCACUGCAGCAGCAAGGGCAGACCAGAGACAUGAGUUUCUGGCAGGACUGGCGUGACCUCAUCCCUGUGAUAAAGCUUGAGCUGAAUAUGGCGAGGUUCGUGUUUGGCAACCGUCUGAUUCCCUCAACGCUGCUGCUCACCACUGACAAGGCCGAGUGCACCUACACCACCAAGCCGGCCGCCUGCUCCCUCGACUACUUCAUGCAGGUCAUCACGUCCAAGGCGGAGAACUUCAGGGUGAUCCUAGCCCCAAGCCCCAAGUACACAGGCAUGCUGGAUGAGCCGCCCCGGUACAUGGGUGAGGGCUUUGUGGUGAUGUCGUCCAGCCUCGUCAAUCUCUACUACUACAUGGACGAGCCCGGGCUGGUGCCUGAACAUCCGCAGACAAUGAGGCUUCCUAAUGGGGACGAGGUGACAGCGCCAGCACCAGUGUGGGGUCUGGACAUCAAGUGUGCCAAGGGGACCAACCUCAGCUACGGGCCGUGGGCUGACCGACAGAGGGAGCAGCUCUUCAGAUUCUUUUUCCCACAGGACUACCAGACUCUCAAGCUGCCCAGUGCACCCAAGCCUGGGGACCUGCGGGAGUUCCAGCAGUUUGACGUAAGGCUCAGCAUCCUCACAGAAGCCACUAUUGAUAUUCUCUUCUCCAAGGAGAAGGAGACCAACGCAGUACACAUGAACGUCCAGCGAGGGUCCUACUUUGAGAUGACGCUGCCCUGGACCGUCACACCAACCGGCUACGUCACCAAGAUCAAUGGACAGCUCUUUCACGUGGACGCCUCAACCAGUCUCCAGUACCGCAAUCUACUUGAGGCGGAGACCCUCGACUACCACGUCAACAUUCACUACCCUCGCGUCUGGAACCAUGACCAAAUGUGGGACCUGGAGUUCAACAGCAGCAAGGCCACCUACCACUUCCUCUACGCACACAAGGAGUUCUUCCAAGAUUUAAUAGAAGACUGGUCAUCCCGCGUGCCCCCAGACCUGCUUCACUUUGUGCCGUACUCGUGGAACUUCACCCUCAAGCUGCAGGAGUUUGAGCUCGUCACGCUGGCCAACGGGUACAACUGGCUGGACUGCUCCUCCCAACACCAAGGCAACGCUCAUGUUGCAUUCUGCGGGGAAGUGUUUGAGCUCAGGUUUACUCUUCCCUUCGUUGACUUCCUCCCUGAGACCAUCAUGCUCAAGUUCAUGAUUCUGGCAGAGAAUGUGGACCUGAGUCUUUACCUGCCUCCCUGGAACACCAUGAGGAACAUCAUUGCCGCGCUGGACCGCAACGCCAAGCUGGUGGACCGGGAGGAUCGCCCCAAACAGGCCUUCUCCAACGACAAGUGGAGGAAAUUCUGCAAGCUUAGUGCUGGCUGGGUGGACUGCUGGCAGGUGCCCGAGCUGGAGCUGAACAUCAAAUACACCUACCACCCCGUGCCGCCACUGGGCCCCUCACCCCAGGCCAACGUCUCUACCCCAGAGAAGGAGGAACUGCUGCUCUCACCCAUCAGGGCACCCCACAGGAAGAAGUCACCCAUGGAGAUUAUCAAGAACAUCACCCCAGACCAGUUUGACCCAACCUCCCUCACCCCAGACUGCAUCAGUGUUGACCUCAGGAUAACCAAGCCCUCGGAGAUCAAGCUGUAUGGCUCAGUCCUGUGUCUCUUCAUCCAUCUCAAGGAGAACAUCUUUGGGGAGGACCAGAAGUUCACCGACAUGAGCCAGACACACCUGGACGAGGAGCAGCUGGCCGGGGAGGCGCCGGCCGAGGAAACCAAGUCGGAUGAAAGCCUCGAGGAGCACAAGAAGUCUGAGUUUGACUGCCGCCGCUACCGCCAGUUUGCCGUCACAGUGUACAUUGAUAUACGUAACGUGCUCGGACAUCUAGUCAAGGACUGCACGGAAAGUGACCCGCCCUGUCCCAUGGUGGCAUUGGACUGCCUUGUCUUUGAGAUGAACAAACGGUACUCGGAGACUCAGCUGCAGGUGGUGGUGUCCCCCCUCAUCCUGACCACCAGCGACGCCGCCACUCACCGCCCGCCUGCACACCAACACCUGAGCACUGGCUUUCUCAUGUUGUCAGGUUUACAGAUGCGUGGUCAUGCCAUGUUCAGUGCAGAGGAGCGCACACUGGAUGAGGAGACCCUGGAGUACGCUUGGCUGGUGGAGCUGACCAUCGGGACACUCAGUGGCAAGCUCACCACACCCCAACUUCAGAACAUCAUCACUGCAGUGGAGGCCUUCAUAUUCACAGUGGAGGAUGCAGAGAACAGCCUACGUCACCCCAAGCCCUACAAGCUGUGUUACCAUGGUGCACCUCAGCCCCAGUGCAUCCACACCACCACUGACCACUUCUGCCCCACCACUGACCUUAUCAAGUACAAGAUGGUCCGUGCCUCUGUUGAUGGACUCUCUCUCAACCUGGUGGAGAGUGGCACUUUGCUAAGUCUUCAGGUGUACCCUAUCCGAGUGGCUACCUGCAACCUCCACGGGCAGCACACUCGGUCUGGCAUCACGGCACACAUACAGAACAUCAGCGCCAGGAACUACAUAUGUGGGCAGGAUGGGCACAAGGAGGGUGCCGGGGGGCGAGGAGUGGAGGUGGCAUCCAUGUGUGGCACCUCAACUAGUGGCACUGGAGGCGGCACUGUCACUGGUGGCGGGGGCGAGACGUUUGUGGAUGAUGUGUGGCUGGAGGCUGCUGCGGUGACGCUUGGCCCGGUGUAUGUGGAUGCAGCCACCAGCAUGGACGUCCUCCACCAUGACAUGCAGCUGAUACAACACAAAUUCCUUAAGCAGCACGAUGAGGAGACGAUGCGGCUGUGGUUCCUGUGGCCACAAGAGGCAACCAAUGUGCCUGUGCAGGUGUUUGGCAAGUGUGGCUGUGUGGGUGGCUGUGCCUUCUUUGGGAACAACAGGAAUGGAGUCACCUUCUUCAAGCCCUCCAAGCAGGACUUCUACAAUGGGGUCAAUGUGGCUCAGUACAGGGUGAAUGAGCCUGACGAGAGCCCUGGGUAUGGGCAGAGCAUCCUGGAGGAGGGUCAGUUGGUGUUUCAGACUGGAGCGUACACUAAGCUGGCGACCACCCACUGUGACGCCCAUUCCUCCUCCUCCUCCAGCAAGGACCACUAUGCCCUCAGCUCUGGCUACAUGAAGAGCGCCUCCCCCGCCACCCCGGCCGACCCACACACCCACAGAGGCAGCAGCUCCCUCCACCACGGCCACGAGUCACAUGCCCCGGAACGCCUUAAUCCACGCAACGUCUACCAUCGGGAACUGUCCGUCACCAGCCAUGAUUCCAGCCCACAGGUGACUGACUCUGACUCCAGGGGGGUGUCCAGUGCACGGGAGCCCUCAAAAGAUGUAGUUCUUGGUGUCCCUGGGGGCCCUGACAGCCUUCCAACGCCAGGCAGCCUCUCAGAUCUCCGGCGCUCAGUGGAUAAUGUAAACACAGGACGACAGAGUAAGAUGCCGUCGAGUCUCUCCCUCCAGACUGAGCUGCCUCUCCAUGCUGCUGGUGGUCAUAAGCUGUCGGCUGGCAGCAUGCGUGAGUCCUCCUCUCGACAGUCCCUCUCCAGCCAACACAGUCUGCUGGCUGUGGUGCAGCGGACUGUCUCCAUUGGCAGUGAAACACAGUCAGAGGCAUUUUUCUCAGCAGACGAAGAUCAGGUCAGUAAGAUGACGGUAGUAGGCAGUGGGGAUGGCUCUCUGUCCCGCAUGUCCUCUCAGCAGAGCCUCCCUGUAGUACCAGAAGACUUGCAACAGCCUUCCUCACUCCCACACUCCUUGGACCACCACUCCAGUGAGACAUCCACUCCCCCCACACCCCACCACGACCCUGCUGCCCUCACUCUCAGCUCCAACAGCUACUACAGUAGUGCAGAUGAUGGACAAACCUGCUGUCCCAGUCAAAGUAACAGUAAGAACAGCAGGAGCAGGAGUAACAGCAGUUGUAGCAGUAGCAGCAAUGGUAGCAGCAGCAGUAGCAGCGGCAGUCACAGCUCCUGCAUGGACCACAGCCAGGCAUCCCUCAUCCAGUCCCACAGCUCAGAGUCCCCACGGCCAUGGAAAGCUGACAGACCUUCACGCGCACGCAGAAAGGCUGACAGAAUCAAGGCGGCUCUAGACUGCAGCGGAGACAGCAGCUCGGAGGUGGGGAGUGUGUCCAGCACCUCCUUCAUCUCAGCGCUGUCAUCACAGGAGGAUAUUGCCCAGGUGGACCUCCACAUGCAACUCAACAAGCCCAUCACUGAGUCUCCACUUCUCAUGUCCUCCUACGUCAACCACAUGACCCAGCUGCGAUGCCUCAACUGGGACCACCCCAUACCCAGCUUUGACUCCAGCCCGGGGCAGCCCAGCAAGUGCUACAUUCCUGUGUUUGAAAAAAUCAGCGAGGGGUUCACAGCUAUCCGCAUGGUGGAGGGCAGUCGCCAUGGCAUCCCUCGGUCACCACCACCACCGCCUUCUGGCCGCACCCCGUCACAUCCCUACACCUGGGACACACCUCUCUUUACUUGGGGGGAUGCACAAGAGGAACCUGUCCAUGAAGACUCGCAGGACACAGUGGGAGGUGUCCUGGAGGCCAACACCACCCGCACCACUGUUGUCAUCAAGCUCAAGAAGGACGUGGACAUCAUGCUUUCACCAAUGGCUUUGGAAUCUGCACAGCUCUUCCUUGAGGCCCUAACACCUGUGAUGGAGGCUUUACAUCCUUUGUCUAUCAUCAACCAUGCUCACAUGAGGUCCCUGUCAACUGUGGAAGGGCAGAACACUCUCAAAAAGAAGCGCUACAUGUACUGGUCCAGGCUGAGGGACAAGAGGGUGGCAGGGACGCCCGAGCAGUCUGCCAUCCUGAGCACCACCUACCAGGAGAGUUGUUUCCAGCAGAUGCAGGGACAAGUGACCGUGCCGAGGGUAAACGUCACAUUGCUGCAGGCGUCUGUGGUAGAGGAGGUGAUAUCCUUCUCGGCACUGGACAACAUCCGGGACCUCACCUGCGUGUCCCUCUUCUCCGUCUGCCUGGACAGUGUCAGUCUGCAGUUUUAUUCAGGCCACCAGUCCAAAAAGUCAGUCCAGAUGUACAUGAGGAAUCCGCAUGACCCUGUAAUGCAGAAAAAGAGUAAGUCCAAGGCAAGGCACACUGUUGAUCUCUUAGCCGAGCCGGUUUACAUCGAGACGUCAGAGCGACAGCAGGAAGAGAACAUGGUGUCCGUGGAUGUGAGCAAGGUGCACGUACAGCUGCGCCGCCUCAAGAACGAGAGCGCCCUGCUGAAGGAUGCCAGCGUUACCGCCAUACCCAACCACAGGUCCAAGGUUUUGUUUGUGUUCCGCCGGUGCCCAAGAGGAGAAGACGGGGACAACGGGGGCAGCAUGGGGACCCCUGUCAUGGAGGACGACCGCAUGGGCUUCAUCAUGUUUGAGGCUGGCCUAGAAAACAUGGCUCUGAGGGCUGUGAAGAGGAAGGGCUUUGGGAUACAGGUGGAGGGAAGCAGCAGUGGGAGGCAUGACGGGGGUGUGACCUGUGCCCCUAAUUGCCCCACCACCUCAGCGGGCAGUGGUGGCGGGCCAAGCAGCAGCUCUGGCCCUGGCACUGCAGGCACCGCUGAGCCACAGAGAACUGGCUCCGAAAACAGACGUGAGCCUUCUGACCGCCAGUGCUCUGCCUCAGUGUCCCAGGUGUCCAACAUGUCCACCCACUCUGGGAUCCACCACUCCACCUCCUCAGCCAAUGGAAGCAUCAAGGACCUGCUUCUCAACCCGAGCAAGAGUGACAAGCGGGACAUCACUUCCUUCGUGGUGGAGCUGCAGACCGUGUGGUUUAAUUUUGCUGCUCCCCCGCACACUCCCAUCACCAAGAAGAUUGACUACACGAGGCUGGAUUGGAACCUCCUGAGUACUGCGUCCCCCUCCAUCAAUGCGUGGAUGAACCCGAGCGACCGCCUGACAGUAGCAGUGAUCCACUUCCUCCACUCGUCCGAGAGCCGCCGCCUCGGUGUAAUGGCAUCUCUCAUGGCAGAGGCGCUGGACGUGCAGAGCAUCCAUGUUCCUGUGAAGAACAAGUAUGUCAAGCUGAUGCCACUGAGUCAGACGCUGCAGGAGGACCCGUCGUGCCAGCUGUGCACGGUGCUGCGCCGCUACGUGCUGCAGUCAUCACCAAGAAUCAUAGAGGCAAACCUGUUGCCCCCACACCUGCCCAAGCUAGCCAGUCUACGGCAGGGUGUUGUGGUGCUUAGUCGCCAGUGGAAGAAUGCCCUCUACAUGCCACUGCUCAUGGAACAAACCUUCAGGAACAAGCAGACCCGCCCGGCCUUCACCUUUAAGUCCCAUCCUGCCCCUGAGGGCCGCUCCACUCCCAAGUUUGACCCAACCAUUGUGGCCAAUGAGGUCACUGAUGAGAAAACCACAUUGCUGGAGGCUGAGGGUGGCUCCCCUCACUCCCACCCCCCUCAAGAUUCUGAUGGAAGUGGUACGCUGUGUGGGGAGGACGUGACAGACGGGGUGAUGAGUUCUGAGUCCACGCAGCUGCCCCCACGCCGCACCCUUCCCUCCUACCCUCCACGGUCUUCCCGAGCUUCAGUCAUCCUCCCAGUCUUCAAUACCACAUCUGAUUCUCCCGCAAGGGGGGCCCUUAAGAAACAUGAUUCCCGGAGCUACCGGGUUAAUACAAGCAGGUUCCAGUUUCCAAAACUUGGCGGUGGGUUUGGAGGAAACAUAUUUCACCGUGGUGGUGGUGGACAGCAACAGCAACAGCAGCCACAACCACCACCACAGCCACUACCUCAGCAGCCACAGCAAGCCCAACAGCAUGUCCGCAGUGGACCCACAGCAACGGCAGCAAUGCCAGGAGCCGAUAACCACAGUGGUGGCAGUCAUAGCUCUGGCCUGGACCGUGCCUCCUCCUCUUCAAGCCUCGAUGGGGGUGUGGGGUCAGGCAUGGCCACACCAGGCCGCCCACCAAGUGUCACCUGUGAGAAAGACCAUGAGAACCUGUACAACUGGAUGGUGCGGCAGCAGGAGUAUGCCCACGCCUCUGACACAACACGACCCACCGUCACCUUCCCCAAGCGUGGGGAGGAGUUGCCGUUACUCAGUGAUGGAGAGAGUGAGCGUCAGGAACACCUCCCUAACCGGGAUUCUGGCAACGUUCCUGAACCUCCACACAGCGCACAUUUCCUGGAGGCUCAUGUCAUUUUUGAACCCCUGCUUUCAGCUAUUGGAGUCAUUACUCAGCAGGUGAAUGGAGGGCCAUUGGAGCAGCUGGGGUCCAAUGUGUCCAUCACAGGAAGCGUGGAGACUCUGCGUGUGGACAUCAUAGAAUCGGAGGCGUCAAAACUCAACCGGAAGAAGAGAAAGACAGGGCUGCACCCAGGUAACGGAGAUGGCAUCUCCUCAGGGGACACCUGUGAAUCAGAGGGGAAGUUCUUCCUAGAUAUAGGGAUUGAGGUUCCAGCUUUCCUUUGUGAGCGUGUUGGGUUGGAGAUUGAUGUGAGCAAGGUGACCGAUGAUUCCCGGGAGUGGGUGAACCACCAGCCCACCCUGUUUGUCUCCCGCAGUGCCCUCAAGCAGCACACCUCCACCAUGGUUCACUUCUCCCUCAACGUCAACUACAUAGCACAGCAGGUCAACAUGCCACUGCUGAGAUUACUGCACCAGAUCAGCUCCAUGUACCAGAACGCCAGGGCAACACAGAUUGGCCUCCGAGAACAGAGGCCGAUGCGUGGGAAGGACAACAAUCUGCCGACACACCACAAAGAAGGAUCUUACUCAGAGCUGCAUGAGGGGGAGUACAAGGCCAACGAGUACAGCCUCAGCAUCAGCGAGGAGCAGGCAACCGUGUCCUCCCUGGCAGGCAUCAAGGGACCUCGUGGCUCUGUGGUGUCCUCCCUCUCCACCCGCAUAUCCCCUCCUCCCACCACCUCCAGGACCACCCGCCCUCAGAGCUUUGCCCAGAGACUCCGUUCCUCCACAAAGAUGAGUAAAGGGUACACUAACUUAGGAGCUGAGCGAGGCACAGGCAGCCCGCUCUUCAGUAUCAGCGUGAGUGGCUCAGGCCUGGAGGGAGCCACCAUCUGCUCCUCUGAUAAGUCCCCCCUGCUGGGUGCCACCGAGGCCCCCACACCCCCAGUUGCGGCCACAGCCACCCCAAAAUGCUGGCGCAAUAUCUACUACCUGCUGGACUUGUACACCACCACACCGGAGACCAAGACAGUGCAGCAGAGGUCAUCAGUGACUGGAGAUGCCUCAGAGGGCUACAAGGGGAGCCGCAAGUAUGACAUCCUGAAGGAGAGCAAAGCAGCAGACAUUGAGGCCGGCCCACCAUCCCCUGCCGUCGCCCUGCCCCCGGUGAUGGCUGACAAGACAAAGGAACUUGGUCUUAUAUCCGGGGAGAGAACUCCCUUCGUGGUGUUUGGUCUGGCUAAGAUCCACAAGACCAAACUGUUGGCCACGCUCAGUGGACUGAAGCUGGAGGCGGAGAUGAAUGCCGUCCACUCAUCCCUUACUUUUAGGGAGAAGGUACGCGGGGCCAAGACACAGGUGAGGGCCUCCCACCGCACCUCAGAGCUCACCCACACGGGCCACAUUGGGGACACCAUGAUUGUGCUCUUGGAGGGCAUUGCUCCUAACCAACAGACGGUGGUGCGUGUGACCAUUGGCAAGAGUCAGGGCCUGUACACCAGCCUGUCCCGCAAGACCAAGGCCAAGAACAGUGCGCUCAUCACUAUUGGCGAUGUAAAUGUGGACAUCCCCCAACACCCAGUGAUCUUGCAUGACAUGAUGACCCGCAGCAGCAAACAACUCUCCUCCACACUCAUGGAACUGCGUGUGGCUCGGCCCAGUGCUCGUCUUAGCCGGGGAGCCACAGCGGACGAACCUGACCUGACUGCCUCCCCUCGGCCACCUCAAGAGCCUCCAGGACCUCAGGAGCCAAUUCCCCACGAGUCCCUCCUUCACCCACUAGUCAUUGAGUUCUCCAUCUUACUACAGAGCCUCAGCAUCCAGGCGGCGCUGCUCCCAUCCCUGCAGGCACAAUACCGCAUGGAGCAAGUGUCCAGCCUGGGCUUCACCGGUGCCAAGGCCAAGUUCAGCAUCCACCUCCCCACUCACCACCUCUCCUUCUCCACACGACUGCAGGACCUGCCCAGCGACACACACCUGCCCUCGUCAGCCAGCAUCCAGCUCCCUCAGGUGCAUGUGGAGGCCGAGCUGAUCCAUGACGAUGCCUCCAACACUGACCAACACGCCGCUGCAGAUGGGAUGGUGCUGCGUGAGGGGAACUACUUGAGUGCUGUGGCGGAUAUUGGCGCCCUGGAACACAGCCUCACCACAGACCUGUUGAACCACCUUGUCUUUGUGCAGAAGGUAUUCAUGAAGGAGGUGAACGAGGUGGUGCAGAAAAUGGCUGGUGGGGAUAAGCCUGUGCCGCUGUGGUCUGAGGAGGGCACCAGCCAUGUCUCCCAGCCCAGCCGUCUGCUCUUCAUGCUGCAGCUUCGCCUCAAGGGAAUCAUCAUCACUGCCACCACACCAACCCAGUCAGCUGUGCGCCUGGAGACGGGUGUAGUGGAGCUGCAGCUGAGCAACAGGGUGGAGAACAUCAGCCGCCCCAUCUACACCUCCACCGACCCUACGCAGCCCAUGAAGAUAUUUGGCAAGGCUCAGGUGGAUAUCAAUGUGGCUUUGGGUCAGCUACUCAGGAAUGACAUGUUUGAGGAAGCAGAGCCGGAGUUCCAGCAGCUGGCCUUCUUCCGAACGAGAAUAUGUUUACGUAAUGCACUGUACAAUGAGAUGCUGAGUGUUGGGGAGGAGGGUGAGGUGGUGCUGAUCACCCUGACACGACCCCUGGUGUGUGUGCAGCCCCUCGCUGUGGACAGGGCUGUGCUGGUCUGGCUCAACUACAAAAAUGCUUAUGAGUACUGGAGUGAACAAAGAGCCUCCCUCAACAAGGAGGUGCUUACAGCCACACAGCAGGUGUUUGAGAAGGUGCCGCAGUUCUCUUCGCUGUCUUCAGCUGCUCACAUCACCAACAAUGUGUUCCUGCAUCUCACUGUGGAUGACAUAGGCAUAUGUUUGCCACUCAACCCCUGCCUCACAGUCAGUCACCAGGUAGACUCGACAGAGACCCGUGAUGCCUUGGUGGUCACGCUGGAGAACACCAUCAUCUCUGCCUGCAACUCUGGCUCGCUGGUCUGCAAGGCGCGCUUCAAGGGCUUCUGCAUGCGCUUUGCCCCAGAGUUUGAGACGAGCCUUGAUGACUGGAAGCCUGAUUUCAAGGACCAUAACAUCAAUCUGUGCACAGUAUCUGAGGGCACAUAUGAGGUCUGCAGCCGCACCGUUGCUGGACACUCGGAAAAAGCGGAGAAUGCCAAGUGGCUGCUCAAUGUUCAGUGGCAGAUGGAGGGCGUAGACCUUCACCUUGAUGUCAACAUUGGCAAGCACCUGAGUGCCCUUGCCCGCACCCUCACCAUGCUUACUGGGGCACCAGACAUUACCGUGCCCCAGGGAACCUAUGACUCAGAUGAUGAUGUGGACCACAACGACCAUGCAGCAUCACAGCAAGAGUCAGCUGCCCUCAGGAGGCAGGCUACAGUUAAUGAAAGUCUGCCAGCCUUUGUUUUUGAUCCCAGCCUGGAUGCCCGGCAGCGUGCCAAAUUGCUUGAAAUUGAAAUGAAUGAGCAAGCAAAGACAGUCAAUGAUCUCAAGUCUCUAGGGGCCUCAGCCUCCACCAUUGAGCAGGAGAUGCGCCGCCUUCAGGAGCUGGAGGCCCUGGUGUUCCAUGACUUCCGGCGUGAUGUGAUCAAGAAGCUGCGGCGGCAGAGUGUAAAGGCGACUUCCAUGAAGGACCGGCUGGGUCUUGGCCCCAAGUCCCAUGUCAGGUCCAAGAGCUUCAGGGUCCCAUCUCCCACCAUAGAAGUGAAGGAACCACCACUGAGCUCUGGGAGCCACGGCAGCAAUGACCAAGGCUCCGUGAGUGUGGACAGCUCCCCUUGCCACACUGCCAAUGACAACACCGUACAGAAGGUCAAAUUUGUAGACAGAUCCCAAGGACGGCACCUCUCCUUCACCAGUGGGUCCUCGGACUCCUACCCUAACGAUGACCUGGACAACAGUGAGGUCUUCCUGGGCACUCCAGGUCACCUGCGCACCCCAACCCCCACCAAUUUGUCUGACCCAGAAACUGAGACUAUCACCCUCACUACCCUCAGCAAUGAAAAUGUGGAGAACGUGGUGCCUCGCAGUGUUGGAGGACUUGAAGGUCUGGUGAGUGUGCUGGACCAGCCACCCCACCAUCGGCCUGGUGUGGGUGGGGCCAAGGGAGUCUCAGGCGCAGGGGACAGUGGUAGCACCCCAGGCACAGCCACAGCACCUCUCUCCAGCCACUCCAGUGCACACAGCUCAGUUUUCCCCCUCCUACCUGGCACUACAGGUCCCAUCACACCAGGGGGCCUGGGCUCCAGUGGCUCAGGCACUGUCAAGCCUCUGGACCCUAGCAUUGACUUGGAGUUGGAUGUGCGUGUGUGUAUCAGCUCUGGCAUGUGUAAUCUGUACACCAAAUGUGUCACCAAGGAAGAGGAGCGAAGUGCCACCUAUUCCAGAAUGAAGAAAGAACGCAGCUUCUCGGGGGGAAUCUCUGAGACCCCUGGCAGUCCAGGGUCUGCCCGCAAGAAGAAUGAGGGUCGACCCAACCUCUCAUCCACCAAGCUAAGGGCGCCGCCUCCGCCCUCCUUCCUUGUCUCCUCCGAUACUGUCUUCUACAUUCCGGGUCUUGAUGUCAAGGUCCACUAUGAGUCACACAACAUUCACGAGGAAACACCAGUGGGCAGUGGGGGCGGUUUGUUUGGGAGUGGAGCUGGCCUCCAGCAGGAUGGGCCAGGCUGGUCCUCCCCCAGCACAGCUCCCAGUGGCAGUGCAAACAGCAGUGCUGGAGGAGGGGGUUCCAGGAAGAGUGGCCUCAGCGGCAUAGGGACCAGUGGCAUCAAGCGUGCCUCCCUCUUCACCUGGCUCACCUUGCAGAGCAUCAAGAGGGAGACCACCGUCAGUCCCAACAUCCUGGAGUUCCUAGAGUUAGCACUGGAGCCGCUGCCUGUCACUGACCCCGACCAGAAACCCGCAGCUACCUCCCAGGAGCCAGAGCCAGUAUUCAAUGUGGAUGUGGAUACGUCUGGUGUGGUGGGAGGAGGCGGAGGACCUUAUGUGUAUGCCUCCUUCCCUGUUGAUGUGGUGGUGUACUUCCACAUGCAGCCUUCCACCAUCAGGUUCUCUUGCCAGCCAGUGUCUCGCGUGGAGUGCCUUCUGCAGCUGCCUUCCCUCAACCUGGUGUUCUCUUCCAAGAGGGCUGAGGAUGGGUCCAUGCCAGACCUGGGCAGCAAGUUACAGGCAACCAUUGGUGGCCUGAGUGUGACUGGCGUGCUGGAGGACUUUUCCCUGUAUGUUUUCCACCCUUAUGGUGGCAAGCAGAGGGGAGCGUCAGGGGCACCAUACCUUGCCACGUCCCCGCUGGCAACCCUCACUGACAGUGAACGCAAGGACUCCCUCAGUGUAAUGGUGGAGUUUGUGAAAUUCCACAUCUCUCGUUCAAGGAAGAUCAACUUCAAGUCUGAGAUGAGCUCUAAGAUGAAGGCCUCAGGGAGCAGUGACUCCAAAGCCAUUAUUAGAUUCUCCACUAUCGUGGACAUUGGUGCCGCCCACUUCAAGUAUGACAUGCGCAGGCUGACGGAGAUCCUGGCCUUCCCGCGUGCUUGGUACAGGAGGUCCAUCGUGAGGCGGCUCUUCCUUGGGGACUUCACAGGUGGUGCCACAUCCAUGGAGUGGGAUGAGACCAGCCCAGCACCUUCAUCCUCUGAGUCUACCCCCAACCAGGCUCCAACACCGGCAUCCAAGAGACACUCCUCAAGUUCAUCUGAAGGCCUUGAUGGCAACCGAAGGGAGAAUGGUGGAGCCAGCAGCAGCAGUGGUGCCCAGUCCACCCCUCCCAGCUCCCAGAAAGGGGGUGCUGGGGCAGGCAGCUGGGCCAGAGACAAGCUGCGGCUGAACUUUGAUUCUGAUGUUCACCCUCGAAAGAGUCCCAAACUUUCAGGUGUGGGAGAAAGUAUGAGUGAAGAAGACAGUAACGGCUUGGGAGGAGCAGAUGGUGUAGGAGCCUCCAAUUAUGGGAAGCCAGGGGAGGCUGACCCAGCAGGAGGGAACCAGACAGCCAACAAAAUAGGCUCAUGGGAGACCCUCGUGCUGUUUGCCGUCAACUUCACUCGUCUGGGCGUGCAGAUGAACAUGGGCAACGUGAUGGGCAAUGUGGUUUGGACCACCAAAGACUUCAAGGCAAAUGGCAGAUUGUCCAUAGGAAGCACUGGCCACAAGAACAUGUACAUUGGCCUCAGCUUGGGAGGCUCAGGUCUCGAUGCAAAGGGUGGCAUUGUGGGUGGCACCAUUGAGCUCUCAGAAAUCAAUAUGUACCUCAAGAUCCGUGAGGACCCGGGAACAGAGCCAGACCAUACCAUCGGGAUGAAGCUGUUUGCCUCCCAGUCCCGCCUUGACUACAUGGGCACCAGUGUCCUGAUGGGGCGAGUGUCCUCCUUCGGUGUGACGCUCAGGGAUGAGUGGAAGCUGAAGCAGUGUGCUGGGGAGGACGACGACGCCACUCGCAGGGGUGCCACCAUUUUCAUCCUUGGGGACCUGGAGUGGGAUCAGCUGCAGCUCAUCAUCAGCAAAUCCACCACAGCUGACCUGCUCAAGAUGCACCACAAGUUGGAUGAAUUCUUCUCUCAGCAGUUCAAGUCCAGCAGGCGGGUGUUCUCCUCCCUGCAGCCCACCCGGCAUAAGUCUUCAGUUAAGCAGAAGCCCAAGGAUGGCAACAGGAAGCUUACCAGUGUUCUUGGCAUGCUGUCUGGCCAGGAUGCCCGCCAUCAUCGUCACUGGCAGAGUGUUCUGUACCGUGUGUCUGGCCUGCGCCUCACCACGCUGCCCCUGCCUCUGCCUGACUCUGGCACGGUGCUGGGCGGCUCACUGGAGCUUCAUGGCAAGACCAUCUCACUAGCGUGCUUCCAUGGGGUCAACUUCAGGAGCAAGUCAUGGGCACUGUUCAGCCUAAAGGAGCCAUACAUCAACUUCACCUCAGAAGUGCAGGAGGUGCCUGGAGACCCCCCGCGAGACACACACAUUGUCCAGAACCUCACCUUUAGUCUGGGGGUGAUGGAGCACACACACGCACAGCACGUUUCCAUGGCCACCGUCUGCCGCAUCACCCGCAACAUGGUCUUCCCGCCACAGUUUAGAACCAUCCAGGAGUGGUUCCAUUAUGCCUUCUGCACCUCUGAACUUGAUAAUGUGGACCGGUUCCCCUCCCUGGAUCGCAGUGACAGCCUCCCAAACUCCUCCUCUGAUGGCAAGAGGUCCUCAACACGCCUGCAAGACCACAACCACUCCUCAGAGACCAUUUUUGCCCUGCCCUCCAUGCAGAUCCACCUCAAUACCAAACACCUACAGACUGCCACCACACCAGACUUCAUGGAUGAGAAGCCGAAGGUGGAGUGUUCCUUGGUGACGGAGUUCCAGGAUCACAUAUUCGUGGCUGUGGAUGCCGAGAGCUUCUUCUUCCUCCACGACCUGAUUGCCUCUUACGUCAAGGACACCAAAGAGAAAAUGGCCAGGAAAUCCAAAGUACCGGGAGCCGAGACAGACAACAACAAGGAGAGUGCCGAGAAAAAGCCAAAGGUCGUGAGGGUGAACGAACCAACACAACUUCUUCAGCAGGACUAUCGGGAGUUUACCUGCACCACCUGGCACCUGGAACCCACCGUCAGGCUGCUGUCAUGGGCCACCAAGAACCUGGAGCCAUAUGGGGUGGACUACAUCCUGCAGAAGCUAGGGUUCAGCCACGCUCGCACCACAAUCCCCAAGUGGCUACAAAGAGGCUGCAUGGACCCCCUAGACAAAGUGCUCUCCAUGCUAAUGUUCCGCAUGAUCGCUGCCAUAUAUGAUCAUGACAAUGCCAACAGGUAGUGAAGUGGAGGAGGUGUUUGUCAUGAGAGUCUAUGGUAAGUGCAUUGUGGGUGAUGUGUGGAGGAGUUGGUAGUGGCAAGGCAAAAUUCUCUAAAUGAGGCGUGUUUGUCGGAUAAUGUCUGUCCCGUGCAUCAGUUUUGAGUGGGUUAGGGGUGAUGUCCUUUGAGAGGUUGAUACUGUUGGGGCAAACAUUUCUAUACGAGGUGGUGGGAGGAAGGUGCUGUCAUGUGAGGGAGACAGUACUGAUGGGGCAAUGAUUUCUGUAUGAGUCUGUGGAAGUGGUGUGUUGAGGUCUUGAGUCAAUGGUGAGACAGGAAUGUUGUUUAGUGAGGGAGUUGCUAAUGGUGGGGCAGUAAGGUUUUGUCCUCUAAGGGUGUGGUGGUGGAAGGGCAAAGCUUUCUGUAUGAGGCAGUGGUAUUGAGGCAUCAUGUGAUGUCAUGAUGAUCAUGUCAUAGUGGUGUGACAAUGUUUUCUAUAUGAGACAGAGACAUCAGUAAGCCUAUUCUACAUGGCAUUGAUAUUGAGAUGAUGUGUGCCCUGAAAGUUAGAGGUCCUAGAGGGAGGUAAGAAAUGUGCCAUAUAAACCAUUUUGGAUAUCAUAUAUCAUGCAGGGUAACAAAACUAUAUCUCUGGGGAAGAGAAAAGGCUGUGGAGGAUGGGAAAAGAGGGAGUAUGAUAAUUAUUAUAAAUGAUGGUAGCUGUUGAUAUUCAAGAUAUUCAUGACCAAAGCUUUUAUGUUGCUCAUUAUUUUAUUUUUAACAGAUAGACGAAUGAAUUUCAUGUAUCUUGUCUGUUUGUUAGGUAGGGUGAGGGUAAGGUCACAGGUGGGGAAGAAGGGGUUGUUGUGAUACGAGUACACGGAAACUGAAAAGACACCACUGUGCUUAAUGUCUUGAUUUCACACAUACAGAACUUCAUGUAAAGCAACAUUACUUAUUCAAUUUUCCUGUACAUAUUGUAUGCAUAUAUUUGUUUGUAGAUAGAGGAAAUAAUCCAUCACAAAUUCUAAUAUAUAGCUGAAUUGUAUGUUUAAUGAAAGUGUUGUCUAGUCCAGAAGGGGAUUUUUUAUCUCCAUAUAACAAAAAAGUCUUGUUAUGGUGCUGUUUAUUUCUUUGGUGUGGUCUAGGAGGAGGAAGGAGUCAUUAUUUUUAAUUUUCAUAUUACCAAGUGCCAUAAUGAACAGGUGUAAAGAUAAUAGUUCACCAGAUCCAUGUGUGUGAUGAUUACCAUUUAAGUUAUAGGUUUGUUAUUUUAUCAUGUGGUAAAAGAGAAAGGUAUAAAUUGAAUAAAAUUUUAAUUUUUA